GACCAGAGAUAUCACGCUAAUUUAGCAACUGAUUGGUAAGAAGGCUUUUGGAGUCUUUUUGCCGUGUCGGAUCAAGUUGUUUGCUUAGAGCGGUGUAUGUGGGGUUAGAAGCCUUAAGCGACACCUGCAAAUCCAAGCGGUAACACAGUCAGUUUUGAAACAAUAGCGUUGUUGACGUUUCAGCGAACAUGUCCUCCCGGAGUUCGUUCAAAGUGCCUCGCUCGUCCAAGUUUAAGCAUGUAUUCGGCAAUCCUUACAAGAAGGAUAAAUGUUACGAAGCCAUCAGGUUAUCGACAAAAUCGACGGAUGGAGGUAGUCAUUGUGCAGUAAAUCCUAAAUUCAUUGCAGUCGUGGUUGAAUCGAGUGGCGGGGGACAAUUCCUUGUUCUACCGCUUGAACAGGUUGGACGUGUUCCUAGAGAUGCUCCUAAAGUAACUGGACAUUUACGACCUGUUCUUGAUAUUCAAUGGAACCCUUUUAAUGACCAACAAAUAGCUUCCAGUGCAGAGGAUGGUUCAAUCAAAAUAUGGCAUAUUCCUGAAGAUGGCCUAUCAGUGGACCUUGAUGACCAUUUAGUUGAUCUAAGAGGGCACUCACGUAAGGUCAAUAUUAUUCGAUGGCAUCCUUGCGCUGAAGGGGUGAUUGCUAGUGCUGGCUAUGACAAUGAAGUUAGAAUUUGGGAUAUUGUGGAUGACAGAGAAGCAGCAACAAUACUCAAGGGACAUCCUGAUACAAUUUUUUCACUCUCUUUCAAUUACAAUGGUAGUUUACUGGCUUCCACUUGUAAAGACAAGAAGGUACGAGUAAUAGAUCCCAGAGCUGGAAGACUUGCAGCGCAUGGAUUGGGACACCCUGGCAAUAAGAGUUCUCAUGUGGUUUUUCUUGGAGAUAUGAACAUGCUAUUUACAACAGGAUUCUCAAGAAUGAAUGAGAGACAAGUAGCCCUCUGGGAUGUGAGAAAUUUGAAAAAAGAUAUCAAAAUGGAGAGUGUGGAUUCUUCAUCUGGAGUUCUGCUACCCUAUUAUGACCAUGACACAAGGAUUGUUUUUCUCGCUGGAAAGGGUGAUGGUAAUAUCAGGUACUAUGAAGUAUCAGAUUCUGAGCCAUACAUCACCUUCCUAAAUGAGUACCGCAGUUCAGCGCCGCAACGUGGCUUUGGUGUCAUGCCAAAGAGAGGUAUUGAUGUCACUGCUUGUGAGAUUUAUAGGUUUUAUAAGCUGCACAACAACAACUUUGUGGAACCAAUCGCCAUGACUGUUCCAAGAAGGCAAUCCAACGUACUUCAGCGAGAUUUAUAUCCACUGACUGCAUCAGAUAAACCUUCCAUGGGGGCUCGGGAAUGGAUUGACCAGGGUCUAAAUAGAAAUCCAAACCUUAUGGACCUCCUUAAAGACUUUCCUCUUAUGGAUGGAGAGGUAGAGACUCGCGAUAUGAGAACAAGAGAACAGCGAGAGCGAGAAGAUAGGCGAGCAUCAACUGGAAGAACAGAAUACCAGGUCACCAGAAGUCCAACUUCUGAAUCACCACCAAAGUCGCCACCAAAGUCCCCAGUAAGAGUUAGCAGCAGAAAUGAAGAACAACGUUAUCCAACUUCACCUGAAACCAACCACGUUCCUACAAGAGGACAAAAUGGUGAGAGUGAAGUUCAGUAUGUUCGAGCUACUGAAGUGUCUAGUAAGCCAGAAACCAAACAGAGAGACCCAAUCCAGUUGAGACUUGCUUACAGUGAUCAGAGAGAAGAGAUAUGCUUCCUGGAAACACAACUUAGAGCCAAAGAUGCCAAAAUUACCCAGCUUGAAAAAGAAAACCAGUACCUUAGAGAAAAAAUGCAGAGGUAUUAGUUAAGGAAAAGUGGCACAUUCGUAGGCGAUCAGCUGUUCACCAAACAGUUUGUUUGUACACCUGGCAGAUCACAUGUAACUUAAGUGCUAUAUUGCUAGAGUUUAUUUCUGUGAAAUACAGAAGUCCAAGGUAUAUUUCUGCUAAGUGCAUGCUGUUAUCGUUAUUUAUGUGUAUGUUUUAGGAAACACUUUUUAUUUGUCCCAAGUAUCUAAGUGUUUGAGUAUCUUGUUAUUUGUCCCAAGUAUCUAAGGAAAAAAAAAAGCAAAGCAAAGCAAACUAUUUUAUAGUUAUUUUAACUAAGGCAGUGAAACAUAAUUACUAGUGUAAGCUCAUUAGUAAGGCAAAGUAAUCAUGUAAAUGUACCUCUGUAAAUUUUAGUUUAGGUUAAUUCUUGAAAAUCAUUUAGUUGUUGCAAGGUCCAAAGAUAUUUUCGUAAUAUUUGAAUAUCAGACUUCAGGGAUUUAUUCUGUUGUAGAAAAGAACUGUAAAGGGUUAUGGUUUUGUUUCGCUGGAGUUUAGAGCUCUACCGAUGUGAUGUUUCCUUACUCGGAGUUACGAAGCAGAACACUUUCUUGGGUAGUUGGGUCAUUUUUGUGAGGUGGGUUAGUGGGAUUAGGGGUGGUGGUAGUUUGGAUGGAAAUCAUUGUCUUCCAAGUAAAUUUGAGUGAAAAAUGUUGGGAUACAAGUUUUACAUUUGCGUGUGGUAAAGACGUGGUUUUCUUUCGUCUUCUGGUAAACUGACCAUAAACCUGACCAGUGUGAUGUACUAACUAGAAAUGCGCAACUACUGUAAUCAUCCUAACCCGUAAACUUCCAGAAGUGAUGAACGUUUAAUUUCACCCUAUGGUAUCCAUACAUCAUCUAGUAAACAGGUAAUGAGAAUACUCAAUUUAUCAGGUAAAAGUUAGUAUCUUGAUGUAACGCCAAAUUCUUGUAACUAAUUUACAAGGAAAUGUGUUGUAGCUGGAUGGGAGAAUUAACAAUCAGAUCUUGGAAGGGCUUAGUGAAGAGAAAUGAAGUGAAGUGGGGAUUUGAUUAAAAAAAAAGAGCUUGUG